AUUAAAUUAUAUUUUGACUCGCUGGAAUGAAACGACAACAGAUGAACAGAAUGGAAACUCGAUAGGUUGCUCUAUUCUGCAUUUGAUAAUCUGAAAAUUGCUUAAGGUAAUCGAGCGCAAAAGUACAAGAAAUGGCGGCUGUCGCGGUUCACUAACUUGCCACGCUUGGAGUCCCGAUCACUCUAUGAUAGUUCUUUGUCCCAAUGAUAUUGAAGUUCACAUUUAUAAAUCCUCCCAAGACAAAUGGGAGAGGGUACAUGUCCUUCAAAAGCAUGAUCAAAUUGUCUCUGGGAUAGAUUGGAGUGCAAGAUCAAACAGAAUUGUUACUACAUCUCAUGAUUGAAAUUCAGAAUAAGUUUGCUGUUGGAAGUGGGGCUAAAACUGUAUCUGUAUGUAUAUACUACUAUGAGCAAGACAACAACUGGUGGGUCAGUAAACUUAUCAGGAAGAGACAUGAUUCCUCUGUGACAAGUGUUGCUUGGCACCCUAAUAAUAUUUUUCUCACAACAACAUCUACUGAUGGAAAAUGUCGAGUUCUUUCCACCUUUAUAAAGGGUGUUGAUACAAGGGACUCAAAAGCAGGCUCUUCUUCAGACUCCAAAUUUGGAGAGCAAAUUAUCCAGCUUGAUCUCUCAUUUUCCUGGGUAUUUGGUGUUAAGUGGUCACCAAGUGGCAAUACUUUAGCUUAUGUAGGUCAUAAUUCUAUGAUUUACUUUGUUGAUGAUGUUGGUCCUCCACUGGCCCAAAAUGUUGCAUUUUGUGAUUUACCUCUCCGUGAUGUCUUCUUUGUUUCUGAGAAAAUGGUCAUAGGUGUGGGAUUUGAUUGCAACCCAAUGGUUUUUGGAGCUGAAGAAAGAGGAAUAUGGUAUGUAAAACUUACAAAAGGACUAUUAAUAUCCAAGUACUUUGGGUUGGGGGAGGGAGGUUACUUGAAGUUGGACUUGGAUUUGAGCUUUGUCAGGUUCCUUGGUGAAAGGAAAUCGUCAUUUUCAGUUUCAAAGUAUGGUUCACAGUUCUCGGAGACGUUUGGAAAAUUUUAUGGCCAAUCAAAGACUGUUGUAUCGUGCCUCUUCGGGAGGAGGGCAGUUCUAAAACACUGCGCUUCAGCACUUCAGGAUUGGAUGGGAGAGUGGUUAUUUGGGAUCUGGAGAAUCAAAAAGAUCUGUCCAAAUAUCUGUGAAAGAUUUUAUAUUUUCAAGCCUCUACCUCCUCAUAUAUUGGAAUAUCUCUGACCUAGUAUUUGGAUACUGGAAUGUGCUUUGCAUAUCAUUUGGCAAUUGGGAGUGAAGAGUGUCACCUGUGACAGGUAUGGGAACAUGGUUUCCGGUUCCUUGUUUUUAUGGUGUGUGAUUGGGGUAGGUAUGGCUAGAAAAUUGAUGUAGUUCCAGAGAUUAACGGCUGCUCUUGGGGUACAUGCACCUUCACUCGUGAUCCACUCUUCAUAUUUUAAGAUAAUUGAUUUUUUCUGAGUGUAAAGAGCAGUGAUGGUGGGAGUA